ACGUGCUGCGUUUUGCUGUUUGCUGUGCGAUACAGUUCGGAAAGAAACCCAGCCGCAGGUACUGCGGAGAACAGCAAACACAGCAAGUAUGCCGAAAAUAUUCACCCCCACGAACCAGAUCCGGCUCACGAAUGUGGCCGUGGUUCGCAUGAAGAAGGGCGGCAAGCGGUUCGAGAUUGCGUGCUACAAAAACAAAGUGCUCUCGUGGCGAUCCGGCGCCGAGAAGGAUCUGGACGAGGUGCUGCAAACGAUCGCCGUGUUUAACAACGUAUCGAAGGGAGAGGUGGCGAAAAAGGAGGAGCUUCAGAAAGCGUUCGGCAAGGACGAUGUGACCGAGAUUUGCAAGGAGAUUCUGGCCAAAGGGGAGCUGCAGGUGUCGGAAAAGGAGCGCCAGGAUCAGCUCGAUUCCAUGUUCAAGGAGAUUGCCACAACCGUAGCCGACAAGUGCGUGAAUCCGGAAACGAAGCGACCCUACCCGGUGUCGAUCAUAGAGAAAUCGAUGAAAGACAUCCACUACUCCAUCAAGCCGCACCGUAACGCCAAACAGCAGGCGCUGGAUGUGAUACGGUUGCUCAGGGACACGAUUCCGCUCGAGCGCGCCAAGAUGCGGCUGAAGCUGGCGCUGCCGGCAAAGGAGGCCAAGCGGUUGAAGGAGCGAAUAGCCAAGCUCAGCUCCACCGUGACCGAGGGCGAGGAGUGGGAAGGCGAGCGGCUGAUGCUGACGUGCCUGAUCGAUCCGGGACACUUUCGGGAGAUGGACGAAAUCAUACGCACCGAAACGAAGGGUGCCGGCGCGCUGGAAGUGUUGAACCUGAAGGAAAUCAAAGAAGGCGAAGAGGUGCUGGAAUGAGCUGCUUCUGUUGUAAACCGCCCCCCAGUGACUACAAAUCGAUGCAACCGUUGGAUAUAAUUCGUGUUAUAUAUUUUUAAAUAAAUGGAAAAUUCGCAUGCGAACUAA